GCCCAGCUCUCUCUGCAACAGUCAGUCCCUGACAGGAUCAUGGCCAUGAUGCCGGCCGCAGGGGGCCCCAGCCCCGGACAGACCUGCGUGCUGAUCCUGAUCUUCACAGUACUCCUGCAGGCCCUCUGUGUGGCUGUGACUUACUUGUACUUCACCAACGAGCUGAAACAGAUGCAGAACAAAUACUCCAAAAGUGGCAUUGCCUGUUUCUUAAAUGAAGACGACAGCUACUGGGACCCCAAUGAUGAGGAGAGUAUGAACGAUCCCUGCUGGCAAGUCAAGUGGCAGCUGCGUCAGUUUGUUAGAAAGAUGAUUUUGAGAACCUAUGAGGAAUCUCUUCCUACAAUUUCAGAAAAGCAACAAAAUAUUCCUCCGGAAGUAAGAGAAAGAGGUCUUCAGAAAGUAGCAGCUCACAUAACUGGGACCAGUCGGAGAAGAAGCACAGUCUCAGUUCCACGCUCCAAAAAUGAAAAAGCUCUGGGCCAGAAAAUAAACUCCUGGGAGACAUCAAGAAAAGGACAUUCAUUCCUGAAUAAUUUGCACUUGAGGAAUGGAGAGCUGGUUAUCCAUCAAACGGGGUUUUAUUACAUCUAUUCCCAAACAUACUUUCGAUUUCAGGAACCUGAGGAAAUUUUGGGAACAGUUGCAAGAGAAGGGAACAGAAAGAGAAACAAACAGAUGGUACAAUAUAUUUACAAAAACACAGACUAUCCUGACCCUAUUCUGCUGAUGAAAAGUGCUAGAAAUAGUUGUUGGUCUAAAGAUUCCGAAUAUGGACUCUAUUCCAUCUAUCAAGGUGGAAUAUUUGAGCUUAAGGAAAAUGACAGAAUUUUUGUCUCUGUAACUAAUGAGCACUUGAUUGACAUGGACCAAGAAGCCAGUUUUUUCGGGGCCUUUUUAAUAGGCUAAAUAAUCUGCAAGGAAAAAACAGUGCCUUCAAAGUAACAUUUCAUUUUCAGGGUGCUAUACUGUGAAAAUAUCCCACCAUAUGACAAAGUAAGGCAGCCUGAGCAAAGCAGUCCCACCAAAAGACUUUGCAACAUACACUUUUUUAAUAUCUCUGAAAAGUGACCAAAUUAUUCCAAGAAAGUGAAAUUGCCAACAGAACCUUCAGGGGUCUACCUGAUAUCGGUUUGCUAGCAGAAAUCUAGACGAUUCUGUUUCCAAACACUUAUGUAGCAAUUAACAUUUUCUGUCUUUAUCAUCUACUCUCGUGAAGAUUCCAGAAGAAAGAAUAACGAUCCAUCUCUUAAGUAGUAUAUCACAUCAGUAGUUUCCACGUUGCCAUAAAGGCAGAACAUUCUCCAAGUUGAAAGAAAAAGGGCACCAGUAAGAGGUCGCGGUCAGGGGAGCCAAUCUCUGUCAAUAUAUGCAACCUGCAAAGGGAGUUUGUGCUGUGCAGGACCUUGCAGGAGUCAUCUCAUACACCUGGAUCUGGUGGAUGGAAAUAAGCAAGUUCCACUCAAAAUAGUAUCACUUUGUUAAAAAAACAAAGUUAUGUUUGGUGAACAAGGAACUAUUUCUGAAUGGCUUGUGCUUUUCACUACCAAAAGUCAAACUGGCCAAAAGUGCUGAAGGUAUUUUUGAUAAAAGACUCUAUAAUGACUGAUCAGCUAAUAAAAAUCAGGGAAUGUAGUCUCAUGUGAGCAGGAGGAGAAAUGGUAAAAGUGGAAAUGACAAGCACAGGUAAAUCAGCAGAAAAGAGACAAAUAAAGAUCUGCCCCCACCCCUCCACCCCACCCCCACUCCUCCACUGCCAAAUGUCAAUAUCAAGUAUAUAUCUGCUUAAGGUUGCAUCAUUUAUCUGCCCCUGCCCCUGCCAGAAGAACAGCAAUUACUUUUAUCUUCCAAAAUCAUGGCACAAAACAUUUCAUUUCACCAUGUAAUUUAACCAGUUG